GGACCGGAGGGUAAAUAUCUUCCCCAAUUUCCUCCUAUAUAAGUGAGUACUAACAGAGGUCUUCCCCACUUCUUCCGCUGUCACUUUUCAUCACUCUCACAAUCAACUUCCCUUCCUACUCUUUUUUUUCUCGAUCGAUAACAAUGUCGGAACGUGGACGAGGACGUCGUGGUGGUUCCCCUGCUGCUGGAGGCAGAGGCUCUGGUGGUCGAACACCUCCUUCCGGUGGUCGUGGCAGAGGAUGGCCGUCGUCUCCCGGUGGUCGUGGUCGAGGAGCGUAUCCCACUGGAGGAUCGCCGGGUGUCAAUGCUCCGCCGAUGUAUCAACAUCAACAACCGUCAAUGGCGGUUUCAUCGAUGACUCGGGAGGUUGAACAGAAGCUUUCGCUUCAACCUUCCUCAUCUGCAAAUCCUCCUGCUAGGCCCCAGCCCGUACAACAGUCCUCAGCGCCGGCACAGCCUCCUGUUGCGGCCAUCCCUGUGCAUCAAGCGGGACCGUCGACUUCGGUACAGCCGCCAAAGCCGCCGCCGGCAUCAUCCAAACACAUUGGAGUUCCGCCGAGACCGGGUUACGGAACGGUCGGGCGGAAGUGUAUUGUGAGGGCAAAUCACUUUCUCGUUGAGAUUGCUGAUCGAGAUCUACAUCACUAUGAUGUUACAAUCUCUCCCGAGGUUCUGUCAAAGAAUGUGUGCAGAAAGAUAAUCAAACAGCUAGUUGACGACUAUAAAGUUUCACACUUGGGUGGUCGACUAUUAGCAUAUGAUGGUCGAAAGAGUGUUUACACUGCGAGUGCGCUACCAUUCACCUCCAAGGAGUUUGUUGUCAAGCUUGCUGAUGAUAAUGGUGGAGCAAGGAGGGAAAGGGAGUUUAAGGUCUCCAUUAAUUUUGCUGCCAAAGUUGAUAUUCACCAUUUGAAACAGUUCUUGCAAAGUAGGCAGUCAGAUGCCCCGCAGGAGACUAUACAAGCCUUGGAUGUGGUGCUGCGGGCUACGCCAUCAAAUGUCUAUGAAGUAGUGGGGCGGUCGUUUUUCCACCAUUCGUUGGGAGACCAUGAAUCGCUUACUGCUGGGUUGGAAUACUGGAAAGGGUAUUAUCAGAGUCUUCGACUAACUCAGAUGGGCCCUUCUCUCAAUAUUGAUACGUCAGCCAGAGCAUUCUAUGAGCCCAUUUUAGUCUCUGAUUACGUUUUUAAGUACCUGAAUCUCAGGGAUCCUAAUAGGUGGAUGUCUGAUCAGGAUCGGUUGAAGGUCAAAAAGGUUUUGAAAGGUGUUAAGGUAGAGGUGAGUCAUCAAGGUAUUAGACGCUACAGGAUCUCGGGGUUGUCUAAUCGACCAGCAAGGGAGUUGAUGUUUUCUGUUGAUGGCACUGAAAGAGAGAUAUCUGUUGCUGACUACUUCCGACAGAAGUACAAUAUUGUACUAAGGUAUCCUAUGUUGCCAGCGAUUCAGUCUGGCAGCAAUUUAAAAAAGCCUGUGUAUCUACCUAUGGAGAUUUGCAAAAUUGUCAGUGGACAAAGAUACACAAAAAUGCUAAAUAGCAGGCAGGUAACAGAGAUGCUGAAGGCAACCUGUCAGAGACCAAAUAUAAGGGAGGGUAGCAUUAAAACGAUUGUGAGAGCUAACGAUUAUGGUAAUGAUGCAAUGGCGACUGAAUUUGGUAUUGGAGUUCAAAGUGAACUCACCACCAUUGAAGCACGGGUGCUUCAACCUCCAAUGCUAAGGUAUCACGAGUCUGGGAAAGAAUCACGAGUGGAUCCCAGGGUUGGUCAAUGGAAUAUGAUUAAUAAGAAAUUGAUUGAUGGUGCCUCGGUAGAUACAUGGACGUGUGUUAGCUUCUCACGGCUUAAUCCAGAGCCGCUCUGCAGGCAACUGGUCGCUAUGUGCAAUAGCAAAGGGAUGAGGUUCAACAAUACGCCCUUGGUGGAGCCUCGCAGAGCUCUUGCUGGGCAGAUUGAGAAGACUCUUGGUGAUAUCCAUAGAGAAUCUAUGCAAGAGAUAAAUAAGGGGAACCAUCAAGCGAAAUAUCUUCAGCUGUUAAUUGUUAUUGUUCCUGACGCGCCUGGAUAUUAUGGACUGAUCAAGCGUGUGUGCGAAACAGAUUUGGGAAUUGUUUCCCAAUGUUGCAAUCCAAAGAAUUGUGGCCAGGCAAAUAAUCAAUAUUUUGAAAACCUCGCUCUAAAGAUAAAUGUCAAGGUGGGUGGAAGAAACUCUGUUUUGGAGCAGGCAGUUAAUAGAAGAAUACCUUACCUCACUGAUGUGCCCACAAUUGUCUUUGGUGCUGAUGUGACACAUCCGCAACCCGGAGAAGAUUCUAGUCCCUCUAUAGCAGCUGUGGUCGCAUCAAUGGAUUGGCCUGAAGUUACUAAAUAUAAGGGCAUUGUUUCUGCACAGCCCCAUAGGAAAGAGAUCAUUAUGGACUUAUACACAGAGAAGGAAGAUCCUAAAAAAGGGAUUGUUCGCGGUGGAAUGAUUAUGGAAUUGCUGAAAGCAUUUCGAAGAUCGACAGGGCAUAAGCCUGCUAGAAUAAUCUUCUAUAGAGAUGGAGUCAGCGAAGGACAAUUCAAUCAGGUUUUAUUGGAAGAAAUGGAUGCAAUCCGCAAGGCAUGCAAUUCCCUGGAAGAAGGUUAUUUGCCACGAGUGACCUUUGUGGUAGUGCAGAAGCGACAUCAUACACGUCUAUUCCCUGCCAAUCAUAAUGAUCGUAAUAUGACAGACAAGAGUGGAAACAUUUUGCCAGGUACUGUGGUAGAUACCAAGAUUUGCCAUCCAACUGAGUUUGAUUUUUACUUGUGUAGCCACGCUGGGAUCAAGGGCACCAGUCGUCCCGCACAUUACCAUGUACUGUUUGAUGAGAACGCAUUCAGCGCAGAUGCCAUUCAGAAUUUAACAAACUACCUGUGCUACACGUAUGCAAGGUGUACACGAUCAGUUUCCUUAGUGCCUCCAGCCUACUAUGCACAUCUAGCUGCUUUCCGUGCACGCUAUUACAUCGAGGAUGAUACGGAUUUAAGAUCAACUACUAGUGGAGGUGAUGGAGGAGCAGGAACCAGGGAGCGGAUAGCUGCACAAAUCAGGCCUCUUCCUAACAUUCAUGCCAAUGUUUCGAAUGUCAUGUUUUACUGCUGAAAAAUUCACUGAUCUUUAGAUCACUGAAUUGAGUAGGAAUGUUCUUCUGGUUUUAUUAUUUACAGCAUAUUGCCAUGCGCAACAAGCUAAUAUUAAACUAUCAGUCUUUGUUUUGUUUUUGGGUCUGUGGGCUACAGAUCACGUACUUGUUUUUGCAACGGCAUGUUGUGUAUUGAAGUAUAUUGCCUUUGGCUUUACAAGUUUCUGUCGGAGGUUGAUAUGCCUACAGGUGUUUGGGUGCCUUUCUAUCUUUGUCAGACCCUAUUGGUAUUGUCAAGGAAAAUUACAUUUGAAA